CGAAUUAAUAUCUUGGCAAGUAGGAUAUAUGAUAUUUUCAAUUUAGUUUGAUUGAUAUUUAUGGUGUAUUAUGACAAGUGUAGCAAUUGGGGUCCGGUACAUUUUCCUAGAUACUAGUAAAUCGAAGGUAUAUAAAUCAGCAGGAUAAACACAAUUUUGUCCAAAAACAAAAUAUGUGUAUAACGAAGCAGAAGAUGGAAAUAUUAAACAUCAACUCGUAUUGUUUUAUUGUGUAUUUCCUUUUAUUAUUAUCGUCUGCGUCUGCGAUCAAUGAUGUUGGAAUUUUAAAUUUAUAUAAAACGGUUUCAUACGGAGACGGUACAUACUAUGGUAACAAACAAGGUGGUUCGUGUACGCUGAAUGUCCCACAUUUGCCACCUGUAGCAUCUCGGGUGGACAGGCUUGUAGCUCUUAAUGCUCCUCAAAUGUUUGGCUCAUCAGCAUGUGGAAUGUGUCUCAGAGUCAAUGGCUCUGGACAAGGACUUGGACACUCUCCUAUAACAGGAAGUUACAUUGUUUAUGUUAAAGACAUUUGUCCUGAAUGCAAACCUGGUGACGUAGAUUUCGCUGUUGAGGGUGAUGGGCGCUGGAAGGUCAGUAUGAAAGCUGUACAAUGCCCGGUUGCUGGACUAAUUGAAUACAAACUACAAGGCAGUAAUAAUUACUACAUAAAACUGCAAAUCAGAAAUGAUAGGAUUCCAACUACAACGUUGCGUAUGUUCCAGCCGAUACACAAUACAUGGACCGAGAUGUUCCGAACACGUGACGGAUAUUGGGAGUUUCCCAGGAAUGACAACCGGAUAGAUAAACCAAUAGCAAGACCUAUCAAACUUUUGCUAUAUUCUCCGAACGGUCAAGUUCUCUAUGACGAAAUACAUCCACGUUCUAUGGAAUUCAAAGGCAUAAUACACGGAAGAGGUGUACAGUAUCGUUUCAGUCCGGAUCUGCCAUCCGCCUAAUUCAGUAACAUUGAAACAGUGAAUGCAAUGAGUGUUUAUACUGUCACUAUUGUUAAGACAAAUAAGCUGAUUUUUUUUUUACUUAAUAUAUCAAACAUCGUAUGUACAAACAUAUUUUUAUGUUUUACUAAAUCUAUCAAGUGGCGUCUUAUGUACAAUUAUAUAUAGUUCUACUUCCAGGUGCUUGAUAUUUUCUUUUAAAAUUUGCAAGUAUAUGUUUGAAGGUCAGCGUUCGGGGGUUUAAAAAUAAGAUAAACCGUCUUUGAUCUGAAAUGUAUCUCUAAAAGAUUUUAUUGUCAGACAAGGGACAAAGCUUUUAAAGAUGUAUAAGAAAGUAAUUGUCAGAAAUUAUUAAAAGCAUAUCACGUACCUUGAUUUUGUUUUUCAAAUAAAUUAUUGGAAUGUG